CAAGCAUAUUGACCCCCUUCCCCUCCCCUUUUUUCCUCCGUGCUGCCCCCCUUUGCAGGCCCUCCCAGAUUAGCCCCUGAAAUAUAGACCAUGACAGCUGACAUCAUGGCCUUCCUUGCUUAAAUCUUCCCCCUUUGGGUGGCACCUACCUCUUCUUUCCUCGUUCCCCCUUUUCUUCCCACCCUUUUGCCCCUCGGCCGCUGGACGCUCCUUCUUUUCGGCGGCCCCCUCCGAGGUCCACGCCGCUCCGGCCAAGAGGGACCCGGAGGCGCUCGAGACGGACAACCGGGCCCUGGGACUGCUCUCCGGAGAAGUUCCAGCUGCCCUUGGAUGCUGAGCGAGCUGAGUGGAGCAGGAUAACCUAAGAGACCACCCUCUGAACCAACCUCAAGCUCCAGCCGAAGAGAAGGAAGACCCUCUCCCAGUUGUUGCCCAGUUCCAAGGAGAAGAAGGGUGGGAGACACCAACCUUCUGAGCAUGAUGUCCUACAUCAAGCAACCACAUUAUGCGGUCAACGGGUUGACCUUGGCUGGGCCAGGCAUGGACCUGCUGCAUUCGGCGGUCGGGUACCCCACGACUCCACGGAAACAGAGGCGUGAGCGCACGACCUUCACGCGAGCUCAAUUGGAUAUACUGGAGGCCCUCUUUGCCAAGACCCGCUAUCCGGACAUUUUCAUGCGCGAAGAAGUGGCAUUGAAGAUCAACCUGCCUGAAUCAAGAGUACAGGUGUGGUUCAAGAACCGCCGAGCCAAAUGCCGCCAGCAACAGCAGCAGAGCAGUGGUCAGGCCAAGGCGCGCCCAACGAAGAAGAAGACCUCUCCCGCCCGGGAGACCAGCUCCGAGACCAGCACCAACGGGCAGUACAGCCCUCCGCAGACCGGCACUUCGGUGACGCCUGUCUCAAGUGCCAGCGCCACUGUUUCCAUCUGGAGCCCUGCCUCCAUCUCCCCGAUCCCCGACCCGCUCUCUUCCUCCACCACCCCUUGCAUGCAGCGCUCCACCGCCUACCCCAUGACCUACACCCAGGCCCCCGGCUACACUCAGACCUACGCCGGCUCCACCUCCUACUUCAGCGGCCUUGACUGCAGCUCCUACCUGUCCCCCAUGCACCCGCAGCUGUCGGCACCCGGAGCCGCCCUGAGCCCCAUUGCUACCCCCACCAUGGGCAGCCACUUGAGCCAGUCCCCGGCCUCUCUCUCCAGCCAGGGCUAUGGGGCAGCUGGGCUGGGCUUCAGCUCGGUGGAUUGCUUGGACUACAAGGACCAAGCGGCAUCGUGGAAGCUCAACUUCAAUGCCACCGACUGCUUGGAUUACAAAGAUCAGAGCUCUUGGAAGUUCCAGGUCUUGUGAAAAGGUGGUUGGCAUCACGUCCUUUUUCAAAGAAGCUUCUCCUCCCCUUUGCAUUUUAGCAGCUUGGGACAGUCUCCUCUGUCCACGCUUGGCAUGAGACCCAUCGCUUUUUCUCCGCUCCUGUUCUUGGUUUUUCUGGACGCUCUCCUUCCCUUCUCUCAAUCCUUGUCCGAACCCUCCUUGACCAGCAUAUAAAGACUUCAGCAUUGCUUUUUCUUUGUUUUCCUGCGCUGUUUCUGGAGAUCCUCGUCCAGCCCCAGGUCAGAGGAGGUGGAUCCGCGCAGAAGUUAGGAACUCGCAAUACAGCCUUAGCGCCAUCGGCUCUGGCCUUGGACACGUUGCUCCUGUAGACGCUUGGCCUGGACUCAGUGACUGGGGUGGCAUUGAAAACAUUGGACUGAGAGAGCCAAGGACCUGGAUGGGGACGAAUGGGACUUGACUGCAGGCAACAUAAGAACUGAUGGUGAAGGCUGGCAUUUUCAUGUUGGAGAUGGCAAGAUCUAUAGCUGGACAAAGAGAAGUUUGCAAGAGAGCUGGGUUGCAGAAACCACAUUGCUGUCCCUCUCUCCAAAAUCAUAUUUACCAAACAGACCUGGGAUAGAAGAAGCAACAGGAGAGAUCCAUUGAGAAGCUGGUCACGCCCUUAUCUCUUCCAAAUGUGGACUUGCCGUUGCAAGAGGAGUCAAGACAGAGUAACCAGUCAUGGGCCAUUGACUAUGGCAGUGCUUCUUAGCAUCUGAGAUGUCUCUUUUCCACAUCAACAUCAGGCCAGGAUUGUGUUAAGGGCAUCUUGUCGGCACAAGGCUGAAAUGCUCGCUUUUUCCUCCUGUUUCUGCAGACAUGAAAAAGUGACACUGUUGUGUAAGAAAAUAGGAAGAAAACCACAGGUCAAGCUAGCCCAGUAUUAUCUCUUCUGAGUAGUUUCCCUUCCAAGGCAGAAGGUUUUAUACGUCCUCCCUGGACAUCUCAAAGAGAUGUUUUGCAUGCAAAGCGUGCACUCUUCCCUAGAGCUACUGCCCUUCCCCAAUGGAAAUAAAGCUGCCUUAUGCAGAUGAUCAAUUCCAUAGGAUCCCAAAGUUCUGAAUUUAAAAAGGUUUCUUUACCUAGGAACAUAGGAAAGAAAGUUAUAGUGACUCUAUUUGCUUGGAUAUUCUGUGUGGCAGGGUUGCAGACCAGAAGGAUUUCCCUAUUUAUAUCUAGAGGUAUUGGGAACUGAUUUUCUGCAUUGGAAGAGAGGAACCGACCCUUAGACCAGAGCUUUCCAAACAUUUCAUGUUGAUGACACACUUUGUAAACGUGCAUUGUUUUGCAAUACAGCAAUUCGAUGUUACUAUCAAACCAGUGUGAAAACAACCAAUUAUGAGAGAUAUAAACACAUAUAUCAAUUGUAAUAACAAAAUGUAUGGAGACACAACAUUUCUCAUGGAAACCUUUUAUUUAUAUAUUUUUAAAAUAUAUAUGAUUUAUUGCUUGUGUCACGUAGACUCAAAGGUGUCUUGCUAUGUUUGCAUGACACACUUACAAACUGUAGCCAACACGCUAUAAUGUGUCGCAACACAGUUUGGAAAGCUCUGCCUUAGACUGAGUCUUAUUUCAUCUCCUGCUUUCUGCGGAUUUUAGACAGAAUUCCUUCUUAGCCAGAUCUGGAAAUCCAUGGUCAUCUCCCCUUUAAGUGCUAACCAAGGUCUCGCUUAGCUUCUAAAACAGUGGUUCCCAAACUUUUUUUAAACUAGGGACCACUUUGACCAGGAACCACUUUGAACAGGGACCACUCUCCAAAAUAAGUACCAAAACAGUUAUGAAUCAGUUUUUGGUCAAGUUUAGAUUCAGUUUGGUUAUUUGGGGUGCUGAUUCAGAAAAUUACAUUGGAUAGAUCACAUCAGCUCUAGUUUCUGAUACAGAACAUAUGCCAUCCAGUUGUUGCCAUCUGCUCACCCACAUAAAAACAUAUUUAAUAAGCCUCGGCACUAUAAGAGGGUUUUGCGAGACUCAUUGCAACGGUGCAGUAAUAGUGAGGCUGCAGACCAUAUUUUAAUUCUUGCGGAUCACUGGUGGUCCACAGACCACAGGAUGGGAACCACUGCUCUAGCUGAAAGGCAAUGCAAUAAAGUUUGGCCUGGAAAAUAGUGGGAUUCUCCUCUAGCUGAGCAUACUGUAGCAGUGUGUAUUGACAUACAAAAGGCAAGGUGAACAGCAGCUGCCUCCACAGUCCCUUACUGAAUAUGUAUGAAGAGGCCAGUUGCUCUAGUUGCAACAGGGUAGUAAUGGUGAGGCUGCAGACCAUAUUUUAGUUCUUGCAGACCACUGGUGGUCCAUGGACCACAGGUUGGAAACCACUGUUCUAAAAUGAGAGGAGAUAUAAGUGUAUACAGGACACGAUGGUGCUCUAUCACUGAGCAAUGAGAAGACAGGAAGCGUAACUUCAGAUCACAAAUAUGUUUUCCUAUCCUUUUCUUAUUUCACCUUGAUCAGCUUAGCUUGACUUGGACUUAAGUAUUAGCAGAUCUCAGAGUGCUUGGCGUGAAAGCCCAGUUGGCCUUCUGUAUAGUUUUACAGGUGAUGAAAAUGGGGAUAAAUAUAGCCGAGCUAUACCAAAGUGUAUAGUCAAGGCAGCUAAAUUUCUUAAUAAUAAGAAACGAAACGCAUACCAGAAUAGGCUGCAGCAGUUUGCUUUUGCCUGAUCCCAUUGGAAAGGCAAGAUUGUCCUACGGAGUUGGGUGCAAAUUCACUUUUGCACUUGGAACUAAAAUAAUAAGAAAGGAAACGCAUAUCAGAAUAGGCUGCCUCAGUUUGCUUUUGCCUGAUCCCAAUGGAAAGGUGAGAUUGUCCUACUAAGUUUGGUGCAAAUCGCUUUUGUACUUGGAACUAAAAUAAUAAGAAAAGAAUAGGUUGCAGCAGUUUGCUUUUGCCUGAUCCCAAUGGAAAGGUGAGAUUGUCCUACUAAGUUGGGUGCAAAUCGCUUUUGCACUUGGAACUAAAAUAAUAAGAAUAGGCUGCAGCAGUUUGCUUUUGCCUGAUCCCUUUGAAAAGGCAAGACUGUCCUACUGAGUUGGGUGCAAAUCACUUUUGCACAUGGAACUAAACUUGCAGCAGUUGAAGCAAGCUUGGGACAAAGGGAGAAAGGAAAAAGACGAAAGAAACUAAGGUCUCCAUUGGAACUGAAAAUGGCUGAUAAGAUGUUUGGAUGACACAAAUGGCAUACUUGGUCAUUGGCCCCUUUCAGAAGUGCUCUUUGGGAAGUUUUAUUUUUCCCAGUAGUUAUACAAUUAAUUCACAGUCAUAACUGGAGAUAUUGUAAGAAUCAGAUUGGGGAAAGUUGUCCUUAAAAGCACAGAAUAUCUUCACUUUCUGUGCAAUUAAAUCUUGCCAAUGGUUUUUUGCCUGGGUAAUAUCCAAAAUUUGGAUGGGCCAGAGAUGUCACUCCCUUGGUCCUUUCUGGUGGAUGUCAGGUGAUGCAAUACCGGCUAAACAGUAUAAUUUAUCCAAUGGUAUAGGGCAUAGACAUCCUGUGAUAAUGCGGCAUGUCUCAUUAAGAGCCACAUCCACUGUUUUAACGUGAUGUGUCCCACACUGGGAAUGUGUAAUCAGCAGCAGAGUAGCAAAGCGCAAGGGCAGAUGUUUUCACUGGAGAGUAGAGAUUAAAGUCAUCCCUCCAUAUUCAUUAACUCGAGAUAACAUAAACAAAGGUGUUUAUGUGAGUAGAUCAAUAGGUACCGCUCCAGCAGGAAGGUAACGGCGCUCCAUGCAGUCAUGCCGGCCACAUGACCUUGGAGGUGUCUACGGACAAUGCCGGCUCUUUGGCUUCGAAAUGGAGAUGAGCACCAACCCCCAGAGUCGGACACAACUGGACUUAAUGUCAGGGGAAAACCUUUACGUUUACUUUUAAAGGCGUUUAUAGGCUUUCUUGGUGGUGGAAUGGAAAAUAGCUAUAGAAUCACACUGGAGGAUCUAGAGAAUCCUAAUGUUUGUAAUCGAAUCCCCGAACCAUCAGAUCUGCAAAAUGUCCAAACUGGAAACGUGAAGGGCUGACUGUGUAUCUAAAGAUAGGAGAAAGUUAAAAUAAAGUGGGAGGAAAUUGCACUGUUGAAAAGAACACACAUUCACAUAUACACACCCAUACAUACAUGCACACAUACAUAUAUGCAUACACACGCAAUUCUGAUGAAUCCCUCUUCUCAACUUCGGAUGGUCAACUCUGUGGUCAUUCCCAUUAGGGGUAACGUUAAUAGAAAAAGAGGUUUAUUUCUACGUAGUGCAAAGCUUCGUUGUGUAACUCAAGGGUCUCAAACCCUCCAGCAUUUCAAGGGUGCGUCUACAUUGUAAAGUUAAUGCAGUUCAACACCGUUUCCGCUGCCAUGGAAUCCUGAGAGUUGUAGUUUAACAAGGACUAUAACCUCCUGGUUGUGAAAUUAUUUGGUGUAUUGUCGAAGGCUUUCAUGGCUGGAAUCACUGGGUUGUUGUGAGUUUUCUGGGCUGUAUGGCCAUGUUCCAGAAGCAUUCUUUCCUGACAUUUUGCCCACAUCUAUGGUAGGCAUCCUCUGAGGAUGCCUGCCAUAGAUGCAGGCAAAACAUCAGGAGAGAAUGCUUCUGGAACAUGGUCAUACAGCCCAGAAAACUCACAGCAACCCAAAUUAUUUGUUGUUUCCCUUCAGUUUUUGGAUUCGGGCGAAACCUGAAGUGGAAAGUGAUAUAUAUUUUUUAUUGUAAUACAUAACUCUAUUCAUUUUGAACCGUACCAAUAUUUCGUUGUUUGAUUUUAUAUUGUGUUCAAAACAGAAAAAAGACAAUUGGAUGAAUUAUUACAGAAGUGAGGCACAUAUACGGACGUGGGCAAAGCCUCACCUUUAUGUUUCCAUUUAAAAGCAUCCAAAAGACUUCAAACUGGAUUCGGUAAAUAUUUGUAAGAUAACGAUUAUGUUGCCCGAAUACUUUGAAGAACUGAGCUUUUGAAAUUUUUUAAAAGAGAUCUAUUUUGUAAAUGUUCUUAGAUCUUUUCCUUUUUUAGCCUAGUUUCCUUAGUCGUUAGCAAAACAUUGGAAAAGAAACAACUGUCUUUUUGGCUGUAGAUGAGAAGCAUUUCCAUGCAAGUUAUUAUAUAUAUACAUAUAUAUAUUUCUCUCUCUGAUGGUUCUCUCUUAUUUAUUAUUGUUUUAGGCUGUGAUAAGCAAUUUUCUGUACAGUAACAUAAAAAAUUGUCGGUGGUUUUAAAAAAAAGAGAAAAAUAUUAAAAUGUCAAAAAAACACCUAGGUCAAAAAAGGAA